AUGGCUCAUUUCCACCACUUUGCUUUUCUAUUCGGUUUUAUUGCUGCCGCACAUGCAGUGGGAGUAGUUUUGCAAGGACCAAGCAUCUACCAACCCCAAUUACUGACCAAACAAGUUGAAACCGUUGAUCUCAGGCCACAAUAUACAUUCAGCUACGACGUUAAGGAUCCCUCAACUGGUGACAUCAAGAACCAAAUAGAAUCACGAGAUGGUGAUGUUGUGAAAGGAUCGUAUUCUCUCCUGGAUGCCGAUGGCUUGACAAGAACUGUCCAAUACGCUUCAGAUGGUGUUAAUGGAUUCAAUGCUGUAGUCACUCGUACAGGAACCAAACAAAUCUUAGCUGAUCCAGCUCCAACUCUGAUCAAGAGUAUUCCAAUUCUUCAACAACCAACUUUGAUCAAAUCAAUUCCAAGCAUCAUCCAAGGCCCAUCUCUUAUUAAAUCACCAGGUCUUUCUCUUCUCGGUGGCAUCCAAUCUCUCGGCUCGCCAUAUGGGCAAGCAUAUUCGAGCAGUAAUUUGAUAAGAUCACCACCAUCACUCGGCCUGGUUUCGAAUCUUAAAAGCUCACAACUGAUUUAUUAGUCAAAAGAUGAAAUGUCUUUUAGCAUAGUUUUAUUUUGU